AUGGUGGUGACCUAUUUGGAAGCCAGCCGGGACCUUUCUGAGACGCACUCAAUUCUUUUUGGCGCCUCGCUGGCAGUCUGCCGUAUUAUAGGCGUCAAGUUUUCCACGGUUGGACGCGCUACUGGCCAAAGUAGUGUUAUCUCAGCCUGGAGAAGUAGAAUUGAGGAGCGUAUCGCAAUGGCUAGAGCUCUCAUUGGCAGACUGAUAUGCUUCAGAUCAGGCAGUAACAGGCCAAGAAUUGUGCGCACCAUCAGGAUGGCGUUUGGUGGAAAAAAUGUCAGUUUAUCCCAGCCGGAUAUAAGCGCAAAGAUGAUCUGA